CAUAUUUUCCCCGUAGAGUUGCCACAACAAACGUCACUAUUUUCAACUUUUCUUUCAGGCCCCCAGCAAUGUGAAAUCUGAAAUGUAAAUUAAUAAGUGCCUCUUUGAAACCAGACGACGACGACUUCCGUUAAACUGCUCAAGCUCAACAGCUCGACAGUUGCCAUGUCGAAGGAAGACUCCAGCACGUCCAAGACGGAGACAUUACCUCACGAGGCCGAUAUUUCUUUGGGUCGCGGACCGCACAGCUCCCAACAGCGCGAGAACUCUAGCGGAGAAAACUCAGGUGGCGGCGGUGGCAGUAACGGCAGCUCAAGCCAGAGCUCGGUGAGCCCAUCCCGGGAUGGCAGUUCAUACGAGCAAGCAAUACGUGCUAAGGCCCAGCAGCAGAAACUCCUGAACGAUCCGCGCUUCCGAAUCCGGCCGACGCAGCAGGUAAUCUCGGCCUGCACUGGGGCCAUGAUUACCGCCUGCUUCAUGACGCCUCUGGACGUGAUCAAGACCCGCAUGCAGUCGCAGCAGUCGCCGUCGCACAAGUGUUUCUUUUACUCCAAUGGCCUGAUGGACCACCUCUUUCCCUGUGGUCCCAGCGAUCAGCCCGCAACGCCCAGCGCACGGUGGCGGCGGCCGCAGUUUCGCAGUACCUGGGAUGCCCUGGUGAAGAUAAGCCGGUACGAGGGACCCGCUGCCCUGUGGUCUGGUCUGGGACCCACACUCGUCUCGGCCCUGCCCUCGACGAUCAUCUACUUCGUGGCCUACGAGCAGUUCAAGGCGAAUUAUAAACAGUUUUACGAGGAACACUUCACUAGCAGGACGCAACAAUUGGUACUCAGGAACACCAGUGAAAGCCUACCGCCGGUGGUUCCCAUGCUGUCCGGGGUAACUGCCCGGAUUUGUGCCGUCACUGUGGUGAGUCCCAUCGAACUGGUGAGGACCAAGAUGCAGGCCCAGCGGCAGACCUAUGCCCAGAUAAUACAGUUUGUGCGAAACGUGAUCAGCUUGCAGGGUUUCUGGGGAUUGUGGCGUGGCCUAAGACCCACGAUCCUCAGGGAUGUGCCCUUUUCUGGGAUCUACUGGCCGAUCUAUGAGUACCUCAAGCUAAAUCUAGGCAACCACACACAGCCGUCGUUUGGUCGAAGUUUCUUGGCUGGCGUGUUGGCAGGUUCGGUGGCUGCCGUAGUGACCACUCCCUUUGACGUGGUCAAAACCCACGAGCAGGUGGAGUUCGGGGAAAAGGUCAUCUUCACAGACUCACCGGCAAGAGAUCUGGGCAAGAGACCUGGGACUUUUAGCCGUCUAAAGGCCAUCCACAAAAUGCACGGAGUGCGAGGACUCUUUGCCGGUUGUGCACCCAGACUGCUGAAGGUGGCGCCCGCCUGCGCCAUCAUGAUCUCCAGCUUUGAGUACAGCAAGUCCUUCUUUUUCAACUACAACGUGCGGCAUCACCACGAGACGCUGCUGGUGAGCAAUCCGAAUUCCGAGUUGGUCAAGAAGGACUAGCGGACGUUUUUUAAAAAUAAACUGCUCAUAUUUUAUGUAAUUCCCGGACUCCGAACCCAAUCCAAUAUCCCAAUUAAGCGGCGCGGCGCUUAACGUGUGACGUCGGAAAAUCAAUUUACAUUUUCACAGCUUUAAGGACUGCGACAUGGCGG